UUAUGAUCCUGAUUUGAACUGAAUCACUGUGCACUUACUCUGGAGAAAACAAAAACAGGAAGUAGAACAGCAUGGGAAUGAUGUACCUGGAAGAGAGGAGACUGGUUCACCGAGAUUUGGCAGCACGGAAUGUCCUGGUGAAAUCUCCAAAUCAUGUGAAGAUCACAGACUUUGGCCUGGCUAGGCUACUGGAAGGUGAUGAGAAGGAAUAUAGUGCUGAUGGUGGAAAGAUGCCAAUAAAGUGGAUGGCUCUUGAGUGUAUACAUUACAGGAAAUUCACGCAUCAGACAGAUGUUUGGAGCUAUGGUGUCACUAUUUGGGAGCUUAUGACCUUUGGUGGAAAGCCUUAUGAUGGGAUCCCAACAAGAGAAAUUCCUGACUUGUUAGAGAAAGGAGAGCGUUUGCCACAGCCUCCUAUCUGCACCAUUGAUGUUUACAUGGUAAUGGUGAAAUGCUGGAUGAUUGAUGCUGAUAGUCGGCCCAAGUUCAAGGAGCUGGCUGCUGAAUUUUCUAGAAUGGCUCGAGAUCCUCAAAGAUAUUUGGUCAUUCAGGGUGAUGAUCGCAUGAAGCUCCCAAGCCCAAAUGACAGCAAAUUUUUCCAGAAUCUGCUGGAUGAGGGAGACCUGGAAGACAUGAUGGAUGCUGAAGAAUAUCUUGUCCCUCAGGCAUUUAAUAUUCCUCCACCCAUCUAUACAUCAAGGACAAGAAUUGACUCCAACAGGAAUCAGUUUAUCUACAGAGAUGGAAGUUUGUCUACGGAACGAGGAGUUCCUUUGCCAUACCGAACUGCCAUACCAGGCAUAGCUCCAGAAGCUCCCGUCAGGCAAGGAGCUGCUGAGAUCUGUGAUGACACUUGCUGCAAUGGCACUUUACGGAAACCAGUGGCAAGUCUUUCACAAGAUGACAGUCUCACUCAGAGGUAUAGCGCUGACCCAACGGUUUUUAUCCCAGAGCGAGGGCCAAGAACUGAGCUGGAUGAAGAGGGAUAUAUGACUCCAAUGCCAGAAAAGUGCAAAACAGAUCACCUGAUUCCAGUGGAGGAGAACCCAUUUGUUUCUCGGUGGAAGAAUGGUGAUCUUCAAGCAUUGGACAACCCGGAUUAUCACAACCACCAAACCGGGCAGUCCAAAGCCGAGGAUGAAUAUGUAAAUGACCCCUUGUACCUCAACACCUUUGCAAGCACCUUUGAGAAUGCAGAGUAUCUGAAGAAAAAUGGGCUUCCAUUGCCAGAAAAGCCCAAGAAGGCAUUUGAUAACCCAGGUUAUUGGAAUCACAGCCUGCCUCCACGAAGUACCCUACAGCAUCCGGACUACCUGCAGGAAUACAGCACAAAAUAUUUUUACAAACAAAAUGGAAGGAUCCGGCCCAUUGUGGCUGAGAAUCCCGAAUACCUCUCAGAGUUCUCCCUGAAGCCUGGCAUGAUGCUGCCCCCGCCACCCUACAGACACCGAAACACCGUAGUGUAAUGCCAGGGAGAAAUGGGGAAUCCAUACCAGCACUCUCCUCCUCUCCUUCCUCCUCCCCUCUUUUUUCCUCCCCUCUUUUCUUACUUUAUCUUGCCAAAUCUUCCCUCCGUUUGAUGUCCGCAAAGAGAAGGGACUCAUUUAAGUCAGUGGUUCCAGGAAUUUAGGAAGAAGCAAAGUCUGGCUUUUCUCCCUUUCCAAGAAGCCCAAGGAAGAAAAGGUCAGACCAGCCAAGGCCUGCUAGGAAGAGCCUGUGGCAUGGUUGCCUGCCGUCAGGCUGGUGUUCUGUGUAGCGAUCCAGUUCUGGAGCUGCCAAGAAAGUCACCCUGUGUCAGUUUCGGUCAGCAGGAAGGGCCAGAGCCGCUGAAGCAUUCCUGCAGAAGCAGGGCGGUUUCAAGAGGGAGGGUAGAAAAAGACAAUUUUUAUACCAUAGGUGAUGACCUAAUGACUGAGUCUGAAAGGCCAAUUUCUUUAACCUUUUUUUUAUUCUGCCCCCGAAUCAAAAUGGCUAAUCCAGCUUGCUUCUGGCUAGUUCCUCUCUCUACUUCUGCAGUUGUGAGCUCUUUUCCAAGGCAGAGACCUCAUUCCUUCAUGUUCUGGUGCACGAAGUUACAGGUGGCUACAAGUCAAAAAUGGUAUCAGGACACAGAUUUAAAAUAUAUAUAGGGAAAUAAAAUAGCUUGGUUUUUUUGAGGGCACAGUGCCAAUGAAAAUUUAUAUAAACAGAGCCUCCUGUUCAUGUUUUAUACACAUUGAAUGCAACAUGUAAUAAUUCUCCCUUCCAUUUCUUUGUCAGCUAAAGCUGAGAGCAUUAUAUAACACUAGAAGGAAGAGUAACACUGGAUUUUUAAACACUUUUUUUUAAGGCAGGGUCAGGAGGGAAAAUGGAAAAAGAAAAAGUAAUGGACAGGUAAAACACACUUGGGA